AUGCAUUCUGGGUUUGAAGAUCUCUUUAGUCACGGAAUCGACAGAUCAUAUCUAUGUUUACGUUGCUUCUCUCAUUCUACUGUGCAUAUCUAUCUAUCCAUCUAUCUAUGCCGGGCCGUUCAUAUUCUCUCUCUCUCUCUCUCUCUCUCUCUCUCUCUCUCUCUCUCUCUCUCUCUCUCUCUCUAUCCACAUCUAUCUAUAUAUGCCAGGCUGUUCAUAUUUCUCUCUCUCUCUCUCUCUCUAUGUCAGUCUGUUCAAAUCUAUCUAUCUAUCUAUCUAUCUAUCUAUCUAUCUAUCUAUCUGUCUGUCUAUUUCACUAGCUAUACAUGUCUGUUCAUAUCCUUCUCUCUCUUUAUCUAUCUAUCUAUCUAUCUAUCUAUCUAUCUAUCUAUCUAUCUAUCUAUACAUGUCUGUUCAUUAUCUAUCUAUGUCAGUAUGUUCAUCUAUAUCUAUGCUAGUCUAUCCAUUUCUAUCUUUCUAUCUAUGUACGCAUGUUAA